UAUACAGAUGUAACCCUGGAGAUGAGACCGGAAGAAAGCUGGAGCCAUGUUGACCUUGUACGCUGUGAAGAAGCAGAUUCUGUCUCAGAAAAGCACGUCAUCAACGUAGAUGAGGAAGAUGGCGGGCUGCAAGUCUGCCGUGUAUGUGGGGACAAGGCCAAUGGCUAUCACUUCAACGUCAUGACGUGUGAAGGAUGCAAGGGAUUUUUCAGAAGGGCCAUGAAACGCAAUGUCCGGCUGAGGUGCCCCUUCCGCAAGGGGACCUGCGAGAUCAACCGGAAGACACGGCGGCAGUGCCAAGCCUGCCGUUUGCGCAAGUGCCUAGAGAGCGGCAUGAAGAAGGAGAUGAUCAUGUCUGAUGCCGCUGUGGAGCAGAGGCGGGCCUUGAUCAAGAGGAAGAAGAGGGAAAAGAUCGAGGCUCCGCUGUCUGGAGGGCAGGGGCUGACCGAAGAACAGCAGGCACUGAUCCAGGAGCUGAUGGAUGCCCAGAUGAAAACCUUUGACACCACUUUCUCCCACUUCAAGGAUUUCCGGCUGCCUGCGGUGUUUAACGGUGGCUGUGAGCUCCCAGAGUAUCUGCAGACCUCACUGUUGGAAGACCCUGCCGUGUGGAGUCAAAUCAUGCAAGAUUCAGUUCCAAUGAAGAUUUCUCUGAAGCUUCGGGGAGAAGAUGGCAGCAUCUGGAACUACCAACCCCCAUCCAAGAGUGACGGGAAAGAGAUCAUUCCUCUGCUGCCGCACCUGGCUGAUGUGUCAACCUACAUGUUCAAGGGUGUCAUCAACUUCGCCAAAGUCAUCUCCUACUUCAGGGACCUGCCUAUUGAGGACCAGAUUUCCCUGCUGAAGGGAGCCACUUUUGAGAUGUGCCUACUGAGGUUCAACACGAUGUUCGACACAGAAACUGGAACCUGGGACUGCGGUCGGCUGGCCUACUGCUUCGAAGACCCUGAUGGUGGCUUCCAGAAACUUCUGUUGGAUCCAGUGAUAAAAUUCCACUACAUGCUGAAGAAGCUGCAGCUGCAUAAGGAGGAGUAUGUGUUGAUGCAAGCCAUCUCCCUCUUCUCCCCAGACCGUCCUGGCGUGGUACAGCGCAGUGUGGUGGAUCAGCUGCAAGAGCGAUUUGCCCUCACCCUGAAGGCCUACAUUGAGUACAGUCGGCCAUCUCCUGCCCACAGGUUCCUGUUCCUGAAGAUUAUGGCUGUCCUCACGGAGCUGCGCAGUAUCAAUGCCCAGCAGACCCAGCAGCUGCUUCGUAUCCAAGACUCACAUCCCUUCGUCACUCCCCUCAUGCAGGAGCUAUUUAGCAGCACAGACGGCUGAGUGGCUGCCCCUGGGUGGAGAUCUCAUGGGCCAGCCAGAUCCAGACAUUCUGUAUUGUCACUUCUAGGGCUAGGCGGAUGGACACAUUGAUAUGAGCCAACAAUGUCCUAUGACUGCA